AUGAGUUCUCGAUCUUCUUCUAAUUCAACACCUAGACAUACAAGAAAACUUUAUCCAAACCCAUCUAGUCCACUCACAACACGACAUUGCUCAUUGACAAGUCCAACGUCAGUUAUACCUGAUCAACAUAGUAAAACUCAAAAAGUAAAAACUAAAAGAAAAGGGUCAACAUCAUCGUCCAUUUCAAUAAUCAGCAAGUCAUCCAAGACAGCUACAACUGAAGAUAAAUCUUCAGAUGAACAAAUGAAUGACAAUAGUGAAUCGAUAACAAUAAAUAAUUCUGGUGAAGAAGUGAAUGAAGAAAUUGAGAUUCAAAAUCUAUUACGACAACGAUCUGAUUCAACAGCAAGUAAUAAAAUAGAAACAUCAAAAACAAAAGAAAGAACAACAAGAAUAACAAAGGAAGAUGUUUUCGAAUAUUUCAGCAAAGUUAAAGGUGGUUUAAAAUGUAAUUUAUGUAUGAAUCCACGAAAAACAUUUACACUUGAUCCAACAUCUGACACCAAUUUAAGACGACAUUUAGGUGGUCCACACGGUUUAAAAGAAUUUCUAUAUCCAUCGCAAUUACAGAAUUAUCAUCCAAAAGUUAAAUUAAUUUCGACUAAGCGCAAGAAAACACUCGACAAGGCUGCUAUAGAAGCAAUUUAUCUUGAUGGUCGAACGCUAAACGAUUUUUGUAAACGUGGCAUGAUGAAAUUCCUAAAUAUCGCUAUCCCAGGGAAAAGUGCAUCAUCAAGUAAUAAUGAUCAAGAAAAUGAAGAUGCUGUUUCGGUUGCUGAUAGUGAAGAUACUCCAGACGACUUUUUAUAUGAAGAAUUAUCGAAUGAUGAAGAAGGAAGAGAAGAAGAAGAAGAAGAAGAAGAAGAAGAAGAAGAAGAAGGUGAAGGAGAAGAAGAAGUUUCAACAUCAUCAACAAAUAAUGAUUGUGAUGAUGAAAAAGAAGAUUCAUCAUCGUCAGAUAGUAAUGAUGAAGAAGAACAAACAUUCACAAACACAACUGAUGUAUCACAUGAAGAAUUUAUUAAAGAAUGUACAGAUAAUGAAACUAUACUUUUAUCAACAGUUCAUUCAUUAUUAAAACGUGUACGAAAAUUAGUAAAUUUCAUCCAUAAAUUGAGCGUUUUAGAUCGUUAUGUCAAGAAACAUAUUAAAAUGAAAUUGCAAGGAAAUAAUUAUGGUUUACCACCAGAUCAACAAGAACAACAUGUCAAAUUCAAAGACUUCGUUAUUGAUUCCGCAAUGCGUUGGAAUACAACAUAUUUGAUGCUAGAGCGGUUUUUGCUUUACAGCUCAAUCAUUACAAAUAUCACUCAAAAUCCAUCAAAUGAUAUUGGAAUCAAAGCAAGACAACAUGAGCAUUUAAAACGAUUAGCAUUUUCAAGAAUUGAUUGGUCUUUAUUAAUGGCAUCGAAAAAUGUUCUUGAAUCUUUCCAUGAAGCAACAGUAACUUUAUCGGAUCAAAAAUAUGCAACACUUGGAAUUUCUUAUUUUGUAAUUAGUGGUCUAAAGCAAUACUUGAUGACAACUAAGGAUGAAGAACCAUUUGAAAAUUUGGUCAAAAACAAAAUAUUGUUAAAAUUUGAUUAUUAUUUUGGUCAUAAGUUUAUUUCGAAUCAACAGACUGAAGCAAACUUGGUAAGUGUCAAAAACGGGUUUUCUGUUUGCGUAAAAGUAGCAUUACUAGAAAAAGAUAUGAAAUUUUAG